UUGAAAAUUGUUCAAGUUUAACAAUUUUUUAUUCGCAAAGAGUAAACGAAUUACUUUUAUAUUUUAGUGUAAAAACUUGAAGCCAUCUUGAAGCAUAAAGAACCGAUAAUUUAAAAAUGGAGUCAGAUGAAUUUGGAACGUCCCAAGAAAAUGAGAAUAUAUUAAACGACUUUAUAUCCGCUGUUGAACAUCAAUAUUCACAGAUAAAUGAAACUAGAUCGGCCACCUUUCAGCAAGUGAAGCAACUAAGUUCAAAAUUGGAAACAUUGGGGAAAACAGAUAUUGUUUCAAAAAUUGAACAAAAAUAUUUUAUUGAAAAUAUACCUCCCUACCUCGAAAUAGUUUUAAGUUAUAUAACAAAAAUUGGCAUAACUAAUUUAAAAAAAUAUAAAAAAUAUAUUAGUAUGUUCCUAAAUAUAAUCAAAGAGGUAAUAUCAAAUACUUCGUUUAAAAAUCAAUUUGUCAUUGGUGCAUCGACAAAUAUUUUAAACUUAUUUGUGUUUGAGGACUUUGACUUUGUAAUUAAAGGGAGCAUAUUGUGUUUGUUCAAUGAAAUAAUAGCAGGUUCCAGAAAGGAUGUUCGUCUUGCAACAGCAAUCAAUAUGCAGGAGUAUUUAUUUAAGUUAGUUGAUGCUUUAGUCAUCUAUGGCGAUUAUGAGAUACAGUUUAAUAUACUGGAAACAUUGUUUCGUAUCUUCGGACCAUUAGUAGAACAAAGCCCAAUAUCAUUUUCUUUGCUUCCUGAAAAUGACGACUUGGACCAAUCUUUGAAAACUGUUAUAACAUCAUCUGAAUUUGGCAAAAACGCUCGUUCCUGGUUAAACGAAUUUAACAAGAACUCAUCUCUAAUUAAAUCGAUUGCAUGUAAGUCAAUCUAUGUAGGAGAGUAUUUGUGUUCUCCGCCUAAGGAUACUAAAACAAUCUGGGUCGAUUUUAAUAUAAAAAACCAUAUGCUGAGUUUUUAUAUUGCUGCGUUAGACCAUACUACCUUGAAUCGCAUCAUUGUAUUACCGAAGGGUGUUAAGAAAGUUGAAAUAAAGAGGCCAUUGGGUACACAGGAGGGUGCGGUAUUACUGACUCUUUCUAAGCCGGUAAUAGCAGAGAUAGACGAAACAUUUUGGAAUGAAAAAUAUAACACAAAUAUUAGAAUGGUCUUUGGCAAUGAAAACAAAGAUAUUAUUAACAAAUUGGUUACUGUGGCCUUGCCACAGAUAUUUGGAAGUACUUUUUGUCACGGCUCUUCUAGAAUAUCAAAUUCUAAGCGUGAAGUUUAUAAACCAUUAGGCAUUAAAGUAUCUAGGAUGUCAUCAUUGUCUAUAGUUAAUAAAUCGGGCAGGUCAAGCAAUAUUUCAUCAAAACUAACUCGUUCUAGUGUUUUAACUUUGUCUAGAGAUAAAGUUAGAAGUCCACUAACAGCAGUUUCGAAUACUUUAUCAGUUCAUUCUGAAUCUAGUGUUACUACAGCUUCAGAUUUGAUCAUUAACGAUCCAAUCAAUUUUCCAGAUAACUAUUCAGAAACAGCAAAACUUCAGGAUAGUUCAAUAUCCUCCACAAUAAAAGUAUCAAGAAAUAAAGAAAACUGUGGGUCUCAAGAGUCUUUUAAAACUGCUGAAGACGUUUGUUCCGAGGAACUUGCGGAAACUGAAAAUAUUUUAAAAUGUUCUAAAUUUAGAGAACCUUCAGUUUGCACUGACAGUGAUAUAUUUGAAGAAAAUCAACCGAAUGAGGAUUUUAACAUAAAUAACAAGUGUAUUGAAAUUGGACAUAGUCAUUUAGAAAAACCGAACAAACCAGCAGAUGUAGAAUCUAGAGAAAUAGUUCCAAAGAAAAUACUACAAACGUUAUCGCAAAACGAAGAAGCAACAAUGAAUAAACACUAUGAUGAUAUUUUAGAGGAAGGUAAAAAGGAAUCACCUACUCGCAAGACUAGUUUCAAGAAAGCUGCAAAAACUAAUAAUAAGCUUGAAGAUGUGUUUCUUGAUACAGACAAUGUAACAGUUUAUUUAACUGAUUACCCUUAUGAGAAGACAGUAAAACAAUCAGAUGAGACACCUAAUGUACAGGAUAAAGUUCGCUCAAAACAACUAAAGAUAACUGGCGAACCCGAUUACAAACCACCUACUCAGAAAAACUCACAACAACUGGAGAUUACUGACUUACCUGAUUAUGAACAGCCUACUGAAAUAAACUCAGUUCAAGCGGAGAUUCCUGCUCUACCUGAAAAACUAGCUAGUCCAACAAACUCAAAGCAACUUGAAAUUACUACUGUACCUGAUAAGAUACUAGCUACUGAAAUAGACUCAGAACAACUGGAAAGUAUUACUGUACCUGAUAAAAAACUAGCUGCUGAAAUAAACUCAGAUCAACUGAAAAUUACUACUGUUCCUGAUAAGAGACUAGCUACUGAAACAGACUCAGAAGAACUGGAAAGUACUACUAUACCUGAUAAGAAUCUAGCUACUGAAAUAGACUCAGAACAACUGGAAAGUACUGCUAUACCUGAUAAAAAACUAGCUACUGACAUAAACUCAGAACAACUGAAAAGUACUACUGUACCUGAAAAGAAACUAGCUACUGAAAUAGACUCGAAACAACUGGAAAGUACCGCUGGACCUGAUAAGAUACUAGCUACUGAAAUAAACUCAAAACAACUGAAAAGUACCACUGUACCUGAUAAGAACAUAGCUACUGAAAUAGACUCAAAAGAACUAGAACGUACCGCUGUACCUGAUAAGAAACUAGCUAUUGAAAUUUUCACAACAGAACAACUGGACAUUACUGCUGUACCUUAUCAUAAACAGCCUAGUGAAAUGGAAUUAGAGGAAAUAUCAAACCAAAAUUUUAAAGGAAAGAUUAAGAAGGCUAAAAUUAAACGUAAUUUAAGACAAAAGAAAGGUAGAAAAACUCAAAACGCCAGUGAUAUUUUCCAAGAACAAAUACAAUUACAUGAAACAAACCAAGAAAAUGACAGCUCAUUAAAAGUCAUACUGAGGGAUAUAACCACCAAAGAUAAUAAACAAAAAGAAAAUGAAGUUACUGAACCUCCUAAAGAAAGCAAUGAAUCGUCAGAAAUCAUGUCAAAAUACUUUCAGCACAAUGAGCCGAAAAAGAUCACCGUGCUCCCUGAAUUAGUAAUAAAGCUUGAAAGAAUUCAGCUGGAGAAAUUUAUAAAGAGUUCCGCAAAGAGUGAAUCCAGCGAGCAGGAAACAUUAGAUGAACUUCCAGAACUUAAAGAAACUCAAGUGCAGUCCAGGGACAAAGAGGAAGAUGAUUUAAAAUUAAAGGCAAACGAAUCUACUGGUAAAAUUAAAAGAACUAUUAAAUCGAAAAGAAAGUAUGAAACUAAAUCAAAGGGUGUUAAUAAAAAUGUAAAUAUUACACGUAUAAAAUCUGCUAUAAAAGAUAUGGAUAAAAUUCAAAUCGCUUCUUCAUUACCAUCACAAAGGUCGAAGAAAGUUUAUCCGACUGAAAGUUUUAAAUCACCAAAUAUAGUAAUGAAACGGCCUUCGUUUAGUCAUAUAAUAAUAUCUACCAAAGCUCAAGUGCAUGAUACCGGUACUAAAGAAAUGUUAAAAAAUACAAAAAAAUCAGUUCAAAAAGAUUCAGAAGUUCAGACCCAAGAAAGUCUAAGCCAAAAAAUUCAGUCUGCCGAUAUAUUAUCUAAUAAAAUUAGCAAAAAUCAUGAUAUAUUUGAAGAGAAUUCUAAGAAGAUUGUUAAAGAAUCAUCUGCAGACCCUAUAAACCAACAAAAUAAAAAUCAAAACCAAAACAAUGACAAACUAGUCGACGAAAAUAUUAAAAAGGGCGAAACAUUACUCCCCUCAGUUUUGGACACUUCUAGAAUUAUAGAAAAUAGAGAUGUUCAUUAUUCAUCGGAACUCCAAGUACAAGAAAUCUGUGAAAUUAGUACUGAAGACGAAGUUCACUCAGAAAAAAUACAAAAUAGAUUCAAUGUAGGCCAGAUAACUGAUUCGUUCCAAAACAGAUCUCAGGAAAACAUUGUGACCAGUUCUAAUAUUUCCCAUGACAAUAUAUAUAAUCAGAGAGUAACUGUAGCAAAUGAUAACGAAAUUGAUUUAGUACCAAGUCAAGGAACUACUGUUGAUAUGGAAUACUCCCAUAAUGUGCUAAAUGAAUCGAGCGAUUCAAUGAAAACUGAAGUAUUUAGACGACAUAAUGAACCAGUAAAGAAAAAUGUUGUACUACAAGCGAAAAAAAGAUUGGCCGAGGUGGACGAAAUUCGAGUAUCCAAGAAAUCUGAAAAAGAUGAAUUGCUGGAAGAGUUGAUAAAAUGGGAUGUCGAUAUCAGGGAAACCUGGAAAAAUCCUAAUAAGAGAAAGACAAAUAAAGAUAGUAAAGCACCAGUAAAAAAGAAAAGAAGGACAUUUUUCGAUCCAACCGAUCUUUCUUACUUAGACCAGCUAAAUCUUGAACGAGACAUGCCACGCGCAAAGGAAAGCAAGACCAAAAGUAGGUCGAAAGGUUUCGAAAGAAAAACUCCAAAGACACGUAAAAGUAAAGUGGUUAAAAAAUCGACACCAUUUAAACCAAUAAUAUAUGGACACAUGGACACAUGUGUCAGAUCUGCUAUAAGCUCUGAUAAAACAGAAAACAGCGAAAGUCCUAAAUUGCUUCCGGAAUUGAAUGAAAGAAAAUCAACGAGUUCUGAAUACGAUUGGCCUGAAUUGGAGAUAGAAACUCCAAAGAGGGUAGAAGUACCUCAAGAGAAAAUCAGGAUAGUACCUCAAGAGAAAAUAAAAAUAUUACAAAAUGUUGUGCUUCGACCGAAUAAUUUUACACCAAUCGAACAUCACAGGUCAAACGUUCCUACACCAGCCGAAAUUGUUGAAAACGUUGAAGAUGUUGCCGAACUACCGGAAAUACUAGAUCAUACGUUGGUUGAUUCAGAAUACAUUUCCAUGGGCGUACAACUUUUAGAUCUAACUUCGAAAUGGUUUCAUAAUCAAGUUGAUCCAGAUAUGAGAUCCAAACUAAAAGAAUUGUUUGAUUAUUAAGUUUAAUGUAUUAUUUAUUUUAUUUAUAUUUGUUCGGUUGUUAUAAUUUUGAGUUUAUAUAAAUAUUGUUCAUAUUUUAGUUAUCAAUAUAAUAAAACAGUCGUUAAUG